AUGGUCGAUGGCGGAAACCAGGCUGGACACUGUUUACUGUAUUCACCGACAUCUGCUCCUUUUGUAUUCCGUAAAGUCAGGUGUCUGUCGGGUCAACAAUGCUACAAAUCGACGACAACCGUUUGCGACACAGUGAAUACGGCAAAGCGGAUACUCGACACUGGUGAUGUUGAAUAUUUUUUGGAUGAUACAGGUGGAAAGCAUCAAACUGCUGCAUCGGAUGCUUUCUCUCACAGUGUGGCAUUCCUCAGUGCCAUUAUAGUCGUUUGA